AUGAAUCGCCUCUUCGACAAAUUGAGUCGACGAGAUAGCCCCAACAGCUCCGCUGCUCCGGCUUCUCCGAGUGACAAUGAGACUACCCAUGACGAGGGUUCUCCCGAAGCACUGAUUCAAACCGAAUUGGUGCGCUUUUGCGAGAAGGAAUCGGGAAAUGAUGAAUUCGUUCAUCUUCCUCGUAUUGUCGAACUUGCCGAGUCUAGCCCCGCCGCCGCCAAGGAAGCUGCUUAUCGCAUAAGGAAGUUUUUGAAGACGCCAACCAGAAUUCCGAACAACGUACAAUACCAGGCGAUUAUGGUUAUGCGCAUCCUCACGGAUAACCCAGGCGCAACUUUUACCCGGAACUUCGAUACGAAAUUCGUCAAAACGAUUGAAGAGCUGCUCCGGUAUGGAAGAGACUACCAUGUGCAGAGCUAUCUCCGCAGCUACCUGAAAGGUCUCGAAAGCACCCAUCACGACGAUCCAUAUCUCCAAGGUCUCCUGCAGAUGUGGGCGAAGGAACAAACCUCCAAGGGCUCCCGGUCCUUUAUGGAUCACUUCCGUCAGCCGAACCAACCGAAUCCGGGGUUUAACGCUCAAAUGGCCCCGCCACCACCGCCGCGUCUAACAGAUCCAGUUACUGCGUGUCCCGACGCAGGCGAACUGGCUGCGCGGGUGGCAGAGGCACGCAACUCCGCAAAGUUGCUCACGCAAUUCGUACAGAUGACACCACCCGCAGAAAUCAACGAGAACGAACUCAUCAAAGAGUUUACCGAUCGCUGCCGAACAUCCUCGCGACUCAUUCAGUCUUACAUUCACGCGAACAACCCCGCCCCAGACGAAGACACCCUUCUUACACUGAUUGAGUGUAAUGAUGAGGUCUCCGUUGCUCUUUCGAAUCAACAGCGCGCUAUGCUGAGAGCCCGCAAGGCCCAGGGCUCGGCGAGUCCAAGCGGCAAUGAUUCUGUUUCCCCAGUCAUGGCUUCUGGUGCUCGCCAGGUACCUGAAAGCAACCCAUCGCAGGAGGCAAGAACAGGCGCAUUGAUUGACUUGGAUAACCCGGUGACGGAUAGCCGUAUCAAUCCUGUUCGAGACACCCAGGAUUAUGAAUACCGGGCAGAGGACUUUCAAGUCGAUAAUCCAUUUGCGGAUAACAAUAUUGCAAAUGACUCAAAUGUGGAGCGGAAUCCGCACAGCGUUGAUUCGCUUGAAGAUACCCUCGACCCAAGCGUUCUUUGA